UCUGAAGAAGCAACGGGAGUCCUGGAUGUCACCUUUUGAGGAUUCUCUAAUUUCUUUUUUUUUCGCUCCUCUGAUUUCCACAGGACUUUAAGUUUUUUUCUCCUGAGAUCCAGCAACAAAGGAUGGUUUUGGAAAUGCUGAACCCAAUGCAUUAUAACAUCACCAGCAUGAUGCCCGAAGUCAUGCCUGUGGCCACCAUGCUGAUGCUGUUGCUCACUGGCUUUAUUCUUUUGGUUUGGAAUUAUGAAGACACAUCCUCAAUACCAGGUCCUGGCUAUUGUAUGGGGAUCGGGCCCCUCAUCUCCCACUGCAGGUUUCUGUGGAUGGGCAUCGGCAGUGCCUGCAACUACUACAACAAGAUGUAUGGAGAGUUCAUGAGAGUCUGGAUAUGUGGAGAGGAAACACUCAUUAUUAGCAAGUCCUCAAGUAUGUUCCACGUAAUGAAGCACAGUCACUAUAGCUCCCGAUUCGGCAGCAAACUUGGAUUGCAGUGCAUCGGAAUGCAUGAAAAUGGCAUCAUAUUUAACAAUAAUCCAACCCUCUGGAAAGCCAUUCGUCCUUUCUUUACAAAAGCUUUGUCCGGCCCGGGCCUUGUGCGCAUGGUGACCGUUUGUGUUGGAUCCAUCCUCACGCAUCUGGACAGGCUGGAGGAGGUCAGCAACGAAUUGGGGUACAUCGAUGUGCUGACCCUCAUGCGGCGUAUCAUGCUGGACACCUCCAACAUUCUCUUCCUGGGGAUCCCCUUGGACGAAAGUGCCAUCGUGGUUAAAAUCCAGGGUUAUUUUGAUGCAUGGCAAGCUCUCCUUCUCAAACCAGACAUCUUCUUUAAGAUUUCUUGGCUAUACAAAAAGUAUGAAAAGUCUGUCAAGGAUUUGAAAGAUGCCAUGGAAAUUCUGAUAGAAGAAAAAAGACAUAGAAUUUCCACAGCGGAGAAACUGGAAGACUAUAUGGAUUUUGCCACUGAGUUGAUUUUUGCUGAGAAACGUGGUGACCUGACAAGAGAGAAUGUGAACCAGUGCAUACUGGAAAUGUUGGUCGCAGCACCAGACACCAUGUCUGUCUCUGUGUUUUUCAUGCUAUUUCUCAUUGCAAAGCACCCUAAGGUUGAAGAGGCAAUAGUGAAGGAAAUCCAGACUGUUAUUGGUGAAAGAGAUGUAAGGAUUGAUGAUAUGCAAAAAUUAAAAGUGGUGGAGAACUUUAUCUACGAGAGCAUGCGGUACCAGCCUGUUGUGAACUUAGUCAUGCGCAAAGCCUUACAGGAUGAUGUCAUCGAUGGCUACCCAGUGAAAAAGGGGACUAACAUUAUCCUGAAUAUUGGAAGAAUGCAUAGGCUCGAGUUUUUCCCCAAGCCCAAUGAAUUUACUCUUGAAAACUUUGCAAAGAAUGUUCCCUACAGGUAUUUUCAGCCUUUUGGUUUUGGGCCCCGUAGCUGUGCAGGAAAAUACAUCGCCAUGGUGAUGAUGAAAGUCGUCCUGGUUACACUUCUGAGACGAUUCCACGUGCAGACAUUGCAAGGAGAGUGUGUUGAAAGUUUACGGAAAACAUAUGGCUUGUCCUUACACCCAGAUGAAACUAGCAACUUGCUGGAUAUGGUUUUUAUCCCAAGAAAUUCAGAAAAGUGCCUCAAACACUAAAGAAAAUCGAUCAGUACCUACUCUGGAGCAUUUCUCAUCAGUAGUUCACAUGAAAAUCGUCCGUCUUCACCAGGUAGUGUCAUCCUCACAAUGAACAUUUGGUGGCCUGUGCCAUUUUAUAGGCAUACCUCAUAUGGAUUGUCAGCAAGUCAGGAGACAUUGCUCACCUGUUCUUUCCAAAUCAGAGAACAAGACUUCCAGAGAAAAUAAAGGUCAAGAAUUUAUAGGGAAAAUGGUCAAUCCCACAAAACAUGCUUUGGAAAAAGUAGGUCAUCAGCAAAACUUACAUCCUCCUUCCCACAAAAUCUCUACUGCCUGCCCCCAAAGCACUUUAAUGUCUGGGGCAGAAACACUCAAGUCCAUUAGAAAGGCCAGGCUGAUGUCCAGGUACUUAGGACCCAACAUACCUGCUAAUGUGAAUAAAAGUAUUUUGAUUUAGUUUUCAGUGGUAGGCUCCAUGACAUUCAUAUUCUUUGGAGAAGUGCUUACAAAUUCAACAUUUGAUGUUUCCUAUGAAUUAUUCAAUUUACUCUUGAUUACCCACAGGUGACUUGCCUGUGGCAAAAGUUAAAUAGGGGACUAUCCUUUCCCAGGGUCUCAAUGUAUCCUCAGCCACUCACUUCCACUACAAUAGACACAGAUUUGGGUAAUAUAAAGUAACUUAGUAAUAGCCUGAGUAAAAUAUAAUCAGGACCACACAUCUGCUAUAGGAAAAGAAAAAUCACCCAAUUCAUUUCAAAUCAAAUAAAAAUUCUUUUCUUCAUGUUUGUAUCAUUGAUUAGCUCCACUAGUGCUAAUCAAGAGAUAACUUUAAAUAAUGGUAUCUAUGAACUCUUACAAUGGCCCCAAUGAUUUGAGAGAGGAGAGCUCCUCUACGUCUACAUCUAAUUCCACAACCUAGUGGGUUCAAGCCCAUUCCAACCUCUUUCUCCCUCAACAGUUCCCCCUCUCUUUCUUUCCGUGAUUCCGAAGUUAACAGCAACAAAUCAGUAGAGAACAUGGUCAAGGUAGAGGUCUUGCAAUCAUCUUUUAUGCUACCUCGAAUUUAAUAGUUACUUUAGAGAUUUAACAGCUAUUGAGUUUAUUGAAUCAUUAUAUAUAGCCAUGGAUAAAAUGCACACCUUAUAAAUUAGUUCUUUAAAGAGAAUCAAGUAUGGGGCCCCUUGGCUGGCUCAGUCAUUUAAACAUCUGACUCUCGGUUUUGGUUCAGGUCAUGAUCUCAGGGUUGUGAGAUCGAGCCACGUGUCGGGCUCCAUGCUGGGUGUGGAGCCUGCUUAAGAUAUCCUCUCUCCCUCUCCUUCUACCCUCUCCCCACUCUUGUGUGCUCUCACUCUAAAAUAAAUAAGGAAAUAAUAAAAAUUUUUAAAAAUAAAGAGAAUCAAGUAGACAAGUUAAUUUUCCAAAUACUUUACUUGUGUUAAAUAGCCAAUAUGAUUGUAUCUACUGAAUGCCAUUUAAAAAUUGUAAACUCAUUUACAAGUAAAUGUUUGCUAUUGAGUUAAGUGCCAUCUCAACAUUUGAAUAUUUUUUUCAUCCUACUGUUUAGUAAUAGGACAACAGAUAAGAAUAAAAUGAGAGUAUAAGAACCCUGA